AUGUCAACAUUAGUUACUGUUCGUCAGACAACAACGACUAAUACAAAUAUGAAUACAAAUAAUGGAAAUAAUAAUAUUGAUAGUCAAUCAACUGUACGUUCAUAUGGAAUAACACAAUCCAUAUCAAUGAAAGGUCCUGAUGCAUCAGAUAGAUUAGCAACAGAAAAUCUUGAAGAUACACUUCGUUCAUAUGAUUAUUUUGAAUCUGAUGCUGAAUUAGCACAUCGUGUUGAAGUUAUGGCUAAAUUAAAUACACUUGUACGAAAAUGGAUACGUGAUGUAUCAUUAGCAAAAAAUGUACCGCCAGAGAUUGUCGAUACAGUUGGUGGACGUGUACAUACAUUUGGAUCAUAUCGACUUGGCGUUCAUUCAAAAGGUGGUGAUAUUGAUACACUUUUGAUCGCUCCACGUCACAUAGAUCGUACAGAUUUUUUUACAACAUUUGUUGAAUUUCUUCGUCGUCAACCUGAAGUAUGUGAUUUACGUGCAAUUGAAGAAGCAUAUGUACCUGUUAUUAAAUUAACAUUUGAUGGUAUUGAACUUGAUAUGUUAUUUGCUCGUUUGGCAUUAGCAACAAUACCUGAUACACUCGAUUUAAAAGAUGAUAAAAUUUUACUUAAUUUAGAUCAACGUUGUGUACGUAGUUUAAAUGGAUGUCGUGUAACAGAUGAAAUUCUUGAUUUAGUACCUAAUCGUGAGACAUUUAAAUCAACAUUACGUGCCAUCAAAUUAUGGGCUAAAAAAUGUGGCCUGUAUAGUAAUGCAUUAGGAUUUUUUGGUGGUGUUACAUGGGCUAUGCUGGUUGCACGUAUAUGUCAAUUAUAUCCAAAUGCUAUAGCUGCAACAUUAGUUCAUAAAUUUUUUCUUGUUUAUUCCCAGUGGGCUUGGCCAACACCUGUUUUACUUAAACCAGUUAAUGAUGCACAUCAUGGUUUUUCUGUAUGGGAUCCAGUAACAAAUCCAUUUGAUCGUCAUCAUUUAAUGCCAAUAAUAACACCAGCUUAUCCACAACAAAAUUCAACACAUAAUGUAACACAAUCAACACAAAAAAUAAUUGUACAAGAAAUAAAACGAGGUUUAGAUAUUGUUAAUGAUAUAAUGGCAUCGAAAUCUGAAUGGAAACAAUUAUUUACUGGUAGACCAUUUUUUCAACGUUAUAAACAUUAUAUUAUACUAUUAUUAUCAUCAUCUGAUCAAAAUCAAUUUCUUGAAUGGAGUGGUUUAGUUGAAGCUAAAAUACGUUUUCUUAUUGGAAAUCUUGAAAGAAAUAUGUAUAUUGAUAUAGCACAUGUUAACUCGGAUAAAUAUACACCUGAUGAAAGUGUUUUUGAAAAUCAGCAACUUAAUAAUAAAACAUCAACAGAAAAUGAAAAUUUAAAUAAAAAUAAUCUGAAAAAAUCAACAGAAACUAAUGGUCAUAGUAGUCCAGAAUCUUCGUCUACAAAUGUCACACAACAAUCAACAACAUCUCCGUCCAAUACGACAAACACUCCAAACACAUUUCGUGGAAUGUGGGUUGUAGGUUUACAAUUUAAAAAUGUUAAUAAAGUUCAACUUGAUCUGACUGAAGAAAUUCGUAUAUUUCUUAAUGUUGUUUACAAAGCCUCGGCUAAUAAUCCUAAUUUGAAUCGUGAAAUUAUCAAUCUUGAUGCUCGUUAUAUACGACGUCGAGAUUUACAUACUGUUUUACCACAACAUGCCAUAUCAACAUUAAAUCAAAGUCCUCGAUUAUCGAGAACAAAUUUACUUGAUGAGAAAUCCGAAACAAAUAUGAAUUCAUCUUUAAAACGACCAAAAUUAAAUUCACCAUCAUCUGACACAACUAUUGAAACUGAUUCAGAUGUUGUAGCAAAACGUUUAAAACUUGAAUCUAACGAUGAAUUAAAUAAUGAAUCAUCUCCAAAAACAUCAGAAACAAAUCAUGUGACGAAUUAA